CUUAUUAAAGUGAUUUUCGUGUGGAUGACAAUCACCGACGUGAGGAGUUAAUCUGUCUCGGCGGAUGUUGCUGCGGCUGCUAACGUCAAACAAACUUCACUCACGCCGCGGGCAGGUUGCGUUUCUCUCCCAGAACCAGAUUGCCAGACUCCAGGUGGAAUAUUUCUUUUCUCGGUAGUACCAGAGUGAAGGACUUUCACUCAGGAGAGUUGUGAGAGGAGCUCCGUGUUCAUCCCCUCUCCCUGUCCAGACAUCCGGCCAGUAUGUCCAGUGAUCCUCCUCCUCCGUACCCCGGAGGUCCCAGUGCCCCGCUCAUGGAGGAGAAGAACGGACAACCUGCAGUUCCUGUAAGAACUGCUCCUCUUCAGGGACAGCCGUUGCCUCCAGACUACGGUCCUCCGCCCUACGAGGCCACACAGCCAGGCUUCCUGCCCCCACAUGUCCCUGGAGAAGGGCCGAUGCCCAUGCCGAUACUGAUGUCACCACAAGCUGGCCCCUACCCGCUGCCUCCCGGUCACUUUCCUCACCCGAUGCCAGGACACAUGGGGCCCGGCCCCAGUCAAUUUGUCCACAUGGGGGGUCACACGGCAACCGUCCUAGCUCCCCCAGGAGCCGCCACCACCGUGACCGUACUGCAGGGGGAAAUGUUCCAGACCUCACCGGUGCAGACCGUGUGUCCGCACUGUCAACAGGCGAUCGUCACCCGCAUCUCCCACGAUGUCGGCCUCAUGAACACACUCUUCUGCCUCUUCUGCUUCUUCGUGGGGUGUGAUCUAGGCUGCUGCUUGAUUCCCUGUCUGAUCGACGACCUCAAGGAUGUGACACACACCUGCCCGUACUGUAAGGGCUACAUUUACACAUACAAGCGUAUAUGCUAACCACCGACAGCAGUAUGCCACAGAUAUGUGUACAUGCACACACACAUAAAGUUCCUCCUGCUGGUAGUGAGAGCCCCCCCUCCCCAACUCCCCCUCCUCCAUUUUGCAAAGUGUUGUCGCCCUCUUAAUUGUGAGUGUAGUUUUCUGAUUACUUCAGAAUAUUUACUGUACAUAAUCUUUUAGCAUCAUUUUUUUCUUCUUUUCUUUCAUGUACAAACAUGCAUUUGAAAUGUGCAAAAUCUCCCACUUGACCACACAGGUCAUGAUUAUAGGGAACUAAAACUUUGAUUCAGAGAAAGGAACUUUGGUGCAUCUGAUCCUGUUUGGAAACCUGGGAGAAUGUUACACGUGCAAAUGGAAAGAAAAAGAAAAGAAAAAAUCGAUGGAUACACAGCCUCAGCUAGAGAACUGUGAAAAUGGUCACUUUAAUUAUUUGAAUUCAUCUGUAAAUCUUACUCGGAAGCAAAGCAUGUUGAUAUCCAACAUGCUGGGUAAACAUUAUUAUUAUUACCUUGUUUUUUAUUUACUUCAAAUAUUUUAUCCACUUUAUCUUGAGAACUGUAUUCUAACAGAACACUUUUUUCCCUUUUUAUUGUGAAUGCGAGCAAAUUAACUGACCAUUUUAUACAGGCUGGUGACAAAUUAAAAGAAAACCCAUCAAACACAAGUGUCUCCAAAAGCCGUUGGGCCCCUUUGUGGCACCUUGGCACAGGAGCUACAAACCAUUCCUCUAAAAGAUCGUCCCUCUUCUUGGUGUUUUGAUGACAGUGGUGGACUUUGCUGGUGCAACACGUCUCCCACAGAUGUUUAAUUGGUUUGGGAUGAGGAGAAUGUGAAGGCUAUAGCUUGUGAUUCUCCUUCUCCAUCUAGUGACGCCUUGCAACCGAUGGUCAGAAGCAAAUUUUUCAGGUUUCCCCCCUUAAUUUGUCACCAGUCUAAAUUUGCUUGUUUGGGAAAAUACCUGAGAUGUAUGUUACUUGCUGUAUUAUUUAAGAAUCCUCUGGGCUCCAGUGAGCGAUUUCCAGUUGAACCGUUGAAUGUGAAAUGCCCCUCUGUCCACGCUGUUCUUAUUUCUGAGAAUAAAGCCAACUUUUUUGCACUUUAAGUUGAAAUUCACAUUUCCCUGCCCACCCACCCCCCACAACGGAUUCAUAAAAAUAAUGAACUUAUGAAAUGUAAUUUCCAGUGGAUCAUUUUCACUGGAGCGGUGAACUCCACCACACAUGCACUUAUUCAGACUAUAAUAGGAUUAAACUAGAGAUAGCAGACAAGAGUAUCGUUAGGAGACAAUGCAUGACCUCCGUAAUCUAUAUCCUUUGGCCACAUGUUUCCAUCUCCUCACCGAUUCAGCUGGUGGGGUUUUUGCUGCCAGAGUAAAAACAAGUAGCUAGUUUAAAACAGAAAUAAGAACAACUGGUGCCACCACACAUCACAUCACCCUCCUAAUAUGCCUUCAGCCCUUUAGGAAUACCUGCAUUGCUCAGACGCAUGUUAGAUGACACACACAGAUGUCUGUUGACUACGUGUAAUUAGAAAAAAAAAGUAAUAUCUCUAGGGAUAAGUUACAAACAAAUGACUCAUCAAAAAGGAUUUUUUGGAUCCACUGAGUUAAUACAAACAAUGAAAGGACCAUUGUUCCACCAACGCAUGAAUAAUCUGCCGCUCACUGAGCGCAGUGUGUCUGCAUGAGUCACACGUCAAAAUGAAGAAUUAUUCUCACUGUCUUGUUUCUUUGACUGUAAUUUAUUUUAUUUUUUUGAGGCUAGCUUAGCUGUGCAAGAAGGUCCACUCUGAGAUGAAGGAUUGCAUUGAACUUUUAAUACGAAGUACUGUAUGCCAUUGUUGUGGAUAAUGCUGGUCUACAUUGCUCUCUAAAUGUCUGUGAUAUGUAUAACAAAAAAUAGUUUGACUGUUGUAUACAGGUAAUAUUUUAUCAAUAAAAAUCUGAAUAUGA